AUGAAUAAUUUUGUGGAAAAUGAUGAUAUAAAUAAAAAAGAAUGUAAUGAUAAUAUAUUUAGUGUUAUCCCAAAAAAAUUGCUUAAUUCAUCAAAUAUUAUACAUGUAAAAAAAGAAGAUAAAGAUUAUAUAUUAGUUAAUAAAAAAAAUGAAAAAAUAUCUAAAAGUGAAAAUGUAGAAAUAUGCUUAAAAAAAAAUGGAGAAAAAAAAAAUCCAGAAAAAUUCUUAAAAUUUAGUGAAACUCGAAAAAUUUGUAAAAAUUUUAACUAUAAUAAAUAUUAUGAAAGAGUCAAAAAAUGGAAAGAAAAAAGAUGUCAAAAAUUCAAGGGACAAAAUAAUUUCAUAAAAAUUGGAAAAAUUGGAAAAAUUAAAAUAAAUAAAAGAAAUGCUGUCAAAAUUGAACCUAAACAAAAUAAAUAUAAAAAGACACAAAAACAAAAUUCUGUUAUAUAUGGAAUUAUCCAAAAAAGGCAAAAACAAAUAACCAAACUUGAUUCUAAUAGCACACAUCCUCAUCAAAUUAACCAAGAAAAAGAUCCUAAAACUAAUGAUGAAAUUAUAUCAAAUAAUAUGAAACUUGAAAAAUCUAUUAAUCAUAAAAAUGAUGAUAAAGAUAGUAGUCGUAUCAAUACACAAUUUAAUGAAUUUUGUAAAGAAAUGAAUUAUAAUAAUAUGUCUCAUAUUUAUAGAAAUAUAAAAAUCUCAAACGAAACAAACCCCAAUGUGCCAUAUUCAAACGAAACAAACCCCAAUGUGCCAUAUUCAAACGAAACAAACCCCAAUGUGCCAUAUUCAAAUAAAACCUUUAUGGACAGUUUUAAUAAUUUAAAUUUUUUAAAUCAUAAUUCAAAUAACCCUACGAUUAUUCUACCAUCUAAUGAAACUAGUACUAUCGAUUUUGAAAACAAUUAUUUUUUAAACAUGAAUGAUGAAAAUAUGAUUAAAAUGAAGAAAUAUAUCAAUAACACUAGCCAAACUAAAUACACUUUUGAUAAUUUAACAAAAAAAAAUAAUCAAAAUAAAAGUAAUACAUAUGAACAACCUUUUUUGACAAUUUAUAAUUCACCUUCUCAUACAAAUAUAACUUCUGAACAAGUCAUAAAAAAAGAAACACAUAAUUUGGUAAAUGGAACUAUUAAGACUAGUAUAUAUAAAGAAAGAAAUGAAAUAAAUAACAAAUCUAUCGAAUAUAAUGAUAGUAAUAAUAUCCUAAUUAAUAACAAUUUAGAACAUUAUAAGAAAUUUUGUAAAAAUAAUAUAAAUAAAUUUAACUAUUUAAAAUUUACAAAUAAAAAAAUUAAUAAUUCCUCAUAUUUAAAUAUAAAAAACCCAUUUAUGUAUGCAUAUAAGAGGGUAAAAUUGCUUGAAAAUAUUAAAAAUGAGACAGAUAGAAAAAAGAAAAAAAUGAAAAAAAAUUGUCUUGAAUAUGGUAUUGAUCAAAAAAAAACUGAUUAUAAUGAAUCGAAUACAAUAGCUAGUUUGUGUGAACAAAAUUAUCAAAAUAUAAACUCAGAUUCAAUAAAUAAUAGUGAAAAUGAAAAUAAUAAAAAGACACUUAAAAAUAAUUUGGAAAAAUAUAAAUAUUCUACAUGUGAAAAUUUUUCAUUUAAUAAUGAUUUAACAAUCGAUCAAACCCAACUUCAUAAUUUUAGUAUAACUUUUGAAAAUUACAGAAAAAUUUAUAAAAAUAUUUCUAGCGUUAAAAAAAAAAAAAUCAAAUCAAAAAAUUUGCUAAACCCAAUGAUUCAUAAUAUAAAUUGGCUAAGUAACCCAAUCAAGAUAAGAAAAUCAGACCCAAUACAAAAUCAAUUAAAUCAAUUAAAUCAAUUAAAUCAAAAAUGGAAUAUUUCAAAUAACAACAUAUUAAAACCCCCUUUAAAUAGUCACAAAAUUAUGCAAAUAUCCGAAGAAAUAGUAAACCCUAAUACACACAAAAAACUAAUACAAAUUACUGAAAAAUUGAUUGAAAGAAAUUUUGAUCUAUUUUUAUGCCUAUUUAUGAAAUAUGAACAUCAAGAUAAUUAUCUUUUUUGUUUAAUAUUUGACAAUGAAUUAACUAAAGAUUCAUUUUUUUUUCAAAGUUGUAUAAAACCAAUGAUUGACAAUUAUAAAAAAUUAAAAUGUGAAAAAGUUAGAAAUGAAAAAAGAUGUGAUGGGGAACAUAUAGAACCACAAGACUAUAAAUCAAUACAAAUAAAUAAAAUUAUUAUAGAAAUUAUGAUACCAACCAUAAAAAAAAAAUAUUUUAGUUACCUAACUAAGCUAUACAAAGAGAAAAAAAAAUCUUCAUCUGAAAUAGAUUCUUCGGAUGAAUUAGAAAAAGAAAUCAGAAAUAUUAAUAUAAAAAUCGAAAAUAUUAAUAUUACAAAAUCUAUGAAUGCUAAAGACGAAAAAGAUAAAAAUAUAUCUAGUAAAAAAAAUAAUAAUUAUGAAAAAAAAAUAAAAUUAAUUAAUAAGCCAAAUUGGAGUAAUAAAAAAAAUAUUCAAAAAUUAUUAAAAAGACAACAUAAUUAUAAUCCUUUUACUAUUUUUGGAACGAGCAUAUCAGAAGUAAAUCUCGAAGAAAUAUUUACCUUAGAUGUAUACAAUAAUUAUGUAACAAAUGAAGAUAGAUUUAAAAACAAAAUUUUAUAUGAAUUAUAUAUAACCGAUUAUAUACAAAAUUUAUAUGAAAAAAUAGAAAAGCAAGAAUGGACUAUUACUUUAGAUACAUUAAAAAAACAUUGGAAAUAUUUUACUAAUUUAGAAUGCAAUAUGUUUUUAGAUCCUCUACUAUUAGAAGAAAUAUUAUGGUAUAUUGAUAAUAAUAAAAUGUAUAAAGAUAAAAGUAUGAAAACAUAUACUUAUGAAAAAUGUUUUUGCCCUACCCCUGAUCCAAGUAACAAACAUAAUUUAAAUGAUACAAAAUAUUUUACAAAAUCUAUGGCAAAAAAAUAUACAACUGAAAAAUCAGACAAAUAUAAAAACCUAUCAUUAAAUGAAUGUACUACAUGUCAUUACAAUGAUUUUGUUUUAAAAUAUAAUGACAUUAAUUUUGAUCAAAAUAUAUAUUCAACCAUAUCUGCACACAAAAAAAAAUUUAUAAAAGAAAACAUUCUUUAUAACAUUCCUAGACCAUCCUGCUCUUUUGAAUAUGAUUCAGAUUUUUUUCAUAAUAAGGUGCACAAACAUAUUUUCAGAAGUAAAAAAAUUGCCCAUAAUAAUAAUAAUAAUAAAAGCCCAACAAUUUCCACAGAAAAUGAACCUUAUAUUAUAAAAUAUAAACCCCAAAAAUGGACCUCACAAAAGCUGUUUGAUAAUUUCUUUUACAAUUAUUACUUAUAUAACUUCAAUAAGAGGAGUAAAAAGUGCAAUUCGAUCAUAUGA